AAAAGAUGAUAUUUUUUCGGAAAAAUUAAGUUCACUUCACAGUGACCAUGGUGUCUUGUAAAGUCCUCUUGGCUUUGGCCUUGGUCACCGUAGCAUCAAGUACUCCAACAUUCCUUCACCACCACCACCACCACCAUGAUUUACGUGGUGGGCUUAGUCUGAAGGCACAUCUUGGACUUGGUAUUUCUGGAGGAUUAAACUUGAUAUUUGGGAAACAUAGACUAAACAAAAGAGUAUGCGACCAGGACACUCACAAGUUAUUGCUUGGAUAUAAGAAACCACGUCAUAUCUAUGACAUCUACGGAUUGGUGCCAAAUUUGAUCACAGGAUUGGGUGGCAUCAUUGAUACACACGUUGAUGGGUAUGGUUCUCUGCUCGCAAGAUUGGUGAUUGCAUACUCAAGAAUAUCCGUGUGCCUCAAUAUUAAAUCAGAAACCACACCGCCGUUCUGCAGACGAGACUUUUCUCAGUUUGGAAUAAAAGGAUGUGGCACGAAUGCUCUGGAAAUCGUUCAGCGAUUCCAAGUAAUCAACGCGGUCCAACUCGUCAAUGCACACAUCCACAAAUACACUGAUGGCAGAGGAAUCGGUUCCACAAAGGGCUUCAUUUACGUGAUGUUCAAGAUUGGUCUGGAAAUUGCACAGGGAAUCGACAACAGACAAAACAUCAACAAGAAUUCUUUCAACUGGGUGUUCUUGCAAGUUGCCAUAUUGAUCGGUGCUUUCGGAAACUCCUAUAAAGCAGACUUGGGAGCUUCACUUUCUUUGGGAAUUAUCAAGACAUGCCACCCAAUUCUUCACAAACACGGUUAUCCAGGCGUCUUGCACUUGUGGCAGGAAGUGAACCUCAUAAUAAAACCAUGUAAUGGUAUUAGAGGACCAUUUAAUCCAAUCGAUGACAAUGAUGGUGACGAUGAAGACAUUAAUUUAGGUGAUUGGAAUGAUGAUAAUGAUGAUGAUGAUAAAGGCGGCAGCUCUGGUACCGGCAGUGGAAAAGGAUCAGGCAACUCCAACAAUGGUGGUAGCUCCAGCACUGGUACCGGAUUCGGACAAGGAUCAAGCAACUCCAACAAUGGUGGUGGCUCCAGCACUGGUACCGGAUUCGGACAAGGAUCAAGCAACUCCAACAAUGGUGGUAACUCCAGCACUGGUACCGGCAUUGGUCAAGGAUCAAGCAACUCCAACAAUGGUGGUAGCUCCAGCACUGGUACCGGAUUCGGACAAGGAUCAAGCAACUCCAACAAUGGUGGUGGCUCCAGCACUGGUACCGGAUUCGGACAAGGAUCAAGCAACUCCAACAAUGGUGGUAGCUCCAGCACUGGUACCGGCAUUGGACAAGGAUCAAGCAACUCCAACAAUGGUGGUAACUCCAGCACUGGUACCGGAUUCGGACAAGGAUCAAGCAACUCCAACAAUGGUGGUGGCUCCAGCACUGGUACCGGAUUCGGACAAGGAUCAAGCAACUCCAACAAUGGUGGUAACUCCAGCACUGGUACCGGCAUUGGUCAAGGAUCAAGCAACUCCAACAAUGGUGGUGGCUCCAGCACUGGUACCGGAUUCGGACAAGGAUCAAGCAACUCCAACAAUGGUGGUAACUCCAGCACUGGUACCGGCAUUGGACAAGGAUCAAGCAACUCCAACAAUGGUGGUAACUCCAGCACUGGUACCGGCAUUGGACAAGGAUCAAGCAACUCCAACAAUGGUGGUGGCUCCAGCACUGGUACCGGCAUUGGACAAGGAUCAAGCAACUCCAACAAUGGUGGUGGCUCCAGCACUGGUACCGGAUUCGGACAAGGAUCAAGCAACUCCAACAAUGGUGGUGGCUCCAGCACUGGUACCGGCAUUGGACAAGGAUCAAGCAACUCCAACAAUGGUGGUGGCUCCAGCACUGGUACCGGCAUUGGACAAGGAUCAAGCAACUCCAACAAUGGUGGUGGCUCCAGCACUGGUACCGGAUUCGGACAAGGAUCAAGCAACUCCAACAAUGGUGGUAGCUCCAGCACUGGUACCGGCAUUGGACAAGGAUCAAGCAACUCCAACAAUGGUGGUGGCUCCAGCACUGGUACCGGCAUUGGACAAGGAUCAAGCAACUCCAACAAUGGUGGUAGCUCCAGCACUGGUACCGGCAUUGGACAAGGAUCAAGCAACUCCAACAAUGGUGGUGGCUCCAGCACUGGUACCGGCAUUGGACAAGGAUCAAGCAACUCCAACAAUGGUGGUAACUCCAGCACUGGUACCGGCAUUGGACAAGGAUCAAGCAACUCCAACAAUGGUGGUGGCUCCAGCACUGGUACCGGCAUUGGACAAGGAUCAAGCAACUCCAACAAGGGUGGUGGCUCCAGCACUGGUACCGGCAUUGGACAAGGAUCAAGCAACUCCAACAAUGGUGGUAACUCCAGCACUGGUACCGGCAUUGGACAAGGAUCAAGCAACUCCAACAAUGGUGGUGGCUCCAGCACUGGUACCGGCAUUGGACAAGGAUCAAGCAACUCCAACAAGGGUGGUGGCUCCAGCACUGGUACCGGCAUUGGACAAGGAUCAAGCAACUCCAACAAUGGUGGUGGCUCCAGCACCGGUACCGGAUUCGGACAAGGAUCAAGCAAUUCCAACAAUGGUGGUGGCUCCAGCACUGGUACCGGAUUCGGACAAGGAUCAAGCAACUCCAACAAUGGUGGUGGCUCCAGCACUGGUACCGGCAUUGGACAAGGAUCAAGCAAUUCCAACAAUGGUGGUGGCUCCAGCACUGGUACCGGCAUUGGACAAGGAUCAAGCAACUCCAACAAUGGUGGUGGCUCCAGCACUGGCACCGGAUUCGGACAAGGAUCAAGCAACUCCAACAAUGGUGGUAGCUCCAGCACUGGUACCGGCAUUGGACAAGGAUCAAGCAACUCCAACAAUGGUGGUGGCUCCAGCACUGGUACCGGCAUUGGACAAGGAUCAAGCAACUCCAACAAUGGUGGUAGCUCCAGCACUGGUACCGGCAUUGGACAAGGAUCAAGCAACUCCAACAAUGGUGGUGGCUCCAGCACUGGUACCGGCAUUGGACAAGGAUCAAGCAACUCCAACAAUGGUGGUAACUCCAGCACUGGUACCGGCAUUGGACAAGGAUCAAGCAACUCCAACAAUGGUGGUGGCUCCAGCACUGGUACCGGCAUUGGACAAGGAUCAAGCAACUCCAACAAGGGUGGUGGCUCCAGCACUGGUACCGGCAUUGGACAAGGAUCAAGCAAUUCCAACAAUGGUGGUGGCUCCAGCACUGGUACCGGCAUUGGACAAGGAUCAAGCAACUCCAACAAUGGUGGUGGCUCCAGCACUGGUACCGGAUUCGGACAAGGAUCAAGCAACUCCAACAAUGGUGGUAACUCCAGCACUGGUACCGGCAUUGGACAAGGAUCAAGCAACUCCAACAAUGGUGGUGGCUCCAGCACUGUUACCGGCAUUGGACAAGGAUCAAGCAAUUCCAACAAUGGUGGUGGCUCCAGCACUGGUACCGGCAUUGGACAAGGAUCAAGCAACUCCAACAAUGGUGGUAACUCCAGCACUGGUACCGGCAUUGGACAAGGAUCAAGCAACUCCAACAAUGGUGGUGGCUCCAGCACUGGUAUCGGAUUCGGACAAGGAUCAAGCAACUCCAACAAUGGUGGUGGCUCCAGCACUGGUACCGGAUUCGGACAAGGAUCAAGCAAUUCCAACAAUGGUGGUGGCUCCAGCACUGGUACCGGAUUCGGACAAGGAUCAAGCAACUCCAACAAUGGUGGUGGCUCCAGCACUGGUACCGGCAUUGGACAAGGAUCAAGCAACUCCAACAAUGGUGGUGGCUCCAGCACUGGUACCGGAUUCGGACAAGGAUCAAGCAAUUCCAACAAUGGUGGUGGCUCCAGCACUGGUACCGGAUUCGGACAAGGAUCAAGCAACUCCAACAAUGGUGGUGGCUCCAGCACUGGUACCGGCAUUGGACAAGGAUCAAGCAACUCCAACAAUGGUGGUAACUCCAGCACUGGUACCGGCAUUGGUCAAGGAUCAAGCAACUCCAACAAUGGUGGUAGCUCCAGCAAUGGUGGUGGCUCCAGCACUGGUACCGGAUUCGGACAAGGAUCAAGCAACUCCAACAAUGGUGGUAACUCCAGCACUGGUACCGGCAUUGGACAAGGAUCAAGCAACUCCAACAAUGGUGGUAACUCCAGCACUGGUACCGGCAUUGGACAAGGAUCAAGCAACUCCAACAAUGGUGGUGGCUCCAGCACUGGUACCGGCAUUGGACAAGGAUCAAGCAACUCCAACAAUGGUGGUAACUCCAGCACUGGUACCGGCAUUGGUCAAGGAUCAAGCAACUCCAACAAUGGUGGUAGCUCCAGCAAUGGUGGUGGCUCCAGCACUGGUACCGGAUUCGGACAAGGAUCAAGCAACUCCAACAAUGGUGGUAACUCCAGCACUGGUACCGGCAUUGGACAAGGAUCAAGCAACUCCAACAAUGGUGGUAACUCCAGCACUGGUACCGGCAUUGGACAAGGAUCAAGCAACUCCAACAAUGGUGGUGGCUCCAGCACUGGUACCGGAUUCGGACAAGGAUCAAGCAACUCCAACAAUGGUGGUGGCUCCAGCAUUGGAAAAGGACAAGGCAUUAACAGCCAGAGCCAAAGAUCUGGUUUCGGUUUCGGUUCUAGCAAAUAUGGCCAAUGUAUUAAUGUGGUUGCUGUUCCGUCUUUUAAUGGUUUUGGAUCAAACCCUUUCUCAAGCAACUAUCAAAGCGGUGUUUCCUGGGUAUUUAUCCCAGAGUCUGAGUUCAAUGGAAAUAAUUACAGAAAUAGUGCAAGAAUUUAUUAAUUACCUAAUAUUAUAAUUUUCUGUCAAUUGUGCUGGGCAUUAUAAUGGAUUUUCAUUUAAUUAUAUUUUAGGAUGAGCAUUUA